AUGCCCCUCCCUCAGCGCGCAAUCAUCGCCCUCACGUCGCAGCACACGCCGCUGUACAAGCCGGACGGCAACGAAACAGGCGCGUUCAUCACCGAGGCGCUGGACGCGUUCAAGGCCUUCACUGGCGCUGGGUUCGAAGUCGUCUUUGCGUCCGAGAGCGGCGACUACACGCCCGACUGGCUCUCCCUGCAGCCUGAAGUGCUCAGCGACGCCGAUCGCGAGGUGUACGAGGACACUGAGAGCCCGUUCCGCUCUGCCCUCGACAACCUGUACGCCGCGGCCGACCUGUCCGCGCCGGACGGCUUCGGCAUCCUCUUCGCUUCGGGCGGACACGCCGCCUUGACCGACCUGCCUGAUGCCAAAGGCCUGCAGGCGCUCGCGAGCGGCAUUUACUCCGCCGGCGGCGUGCUCGCGGCCGUGUCGCACGGCGGCGUGCUCUUCACCGGCGUCAAGGCGAAUGGCAAGCCUGUCACCGCCGGCAAGAAGGUGACCGGCUUCACGGACGCCGGCGAGGCCGAGGAGGGCGUGCUGGACGUCAUCAAGACGUGGGACCGGCCCACGGCCGAGCAGAGCCUCAAGGCCCAGGGCGCAGAGUUUGUCGCCCCGCCCAGCGGGCGCAAGAGCGACGCGUUCAUCCAGGUCGACGGGCGGGUCGUCACGGGUGCCAACUAUGCGUCUGCUGGCCCCGUCGCCGAGGCCGCGAUCAAGGUGUUCAAGGGGCUGUAG